AUGGGUCAUAUUAUAGCUAUUUUUCACCAUGGAGGUCGAUUUUAUAAAGGUCAUUAUGUGUCGAAAUUGGGAAACAUCGUUAUCAGCAUACAUAAGGACCACUUCUCUUUGACCGAACUGAAAUCGUAUGCAAAAGAUAUUGGGGUUUCACACAGGGUAGGUGAAGUUGAACAACCAUUAGAAGAAGGAAAUGGUGAUUCUCUUGACUUUGAAGAGGAUGACUUAGAUGAUGUUCCAGAUCAGGAUGAUAGUGAAAUUGAUGAAGAACUGAGAUCUUUUAGAGAAAAACUUAGGGAAGACAAAAAGAAUGAAUCUGCAGCCAAAUAUAAUGGAAAAUUGGGAGGUGAUGAAGUGUUUAUUGAUUCAUCAAAUGAACUAAGUGAAGAUAGUGAUGAGGAGCUAGAUGUUUUAGCACAACCGGGUGUUGAUUUACCUUCAAGAAGAAAAAGACACAAACUGAGGUAUGAUUCUUCUUCUUCCAUUUCUUUCUUUGAGUUGGGUAUGAUAUUUGAGAGUGCAACUCAAUUUAGAAAGGUUGUUGCUGAUUAUGCUGUUCAACAUAAGGUUCAGUUAAGGCUUAAACCCAAUGAACCUCAUAGAGUUAGGGUAAAAUGUGAAGGGAAGUGUAAAUGGGAAAUCUUUGCAAGCUUGGAUAAAGAUUCUGGAAAUUUUUUUGUAAAGAAAUACUAUCCUGCUCAUAGAUGUAUUACAAAGAAUAGGAACAGGUUGUGCACAGCCAAAUAUGUGGAAAUGAAGAUGAGAGAUAGAAUAAUAUCUCAGCCUGAUAUGAGAGUUCAUAAGCUUCAAGAGACACUAAGAAAAGAAUGGGGAUUAAAAGUGGGAAGAUCAAUAUGUUACAGGGCAAAAAUGAAUGUCAUUGCCAAGUUCUUGGGUGAUUGGAAACUUGAGUUUUCAAGGUUGUUAGACUAUGCUGAUAUAAUUAAGAGUACAAACCCUGGGAGUUCUUGUUGGGGUGCUUGUAGAGGAGAAUUAUUAGUGGCUGUUGGAAAAAAUGGAAACAAUCAAAUGUAUCUAAUAGCUUGGGUUGUGGUUGAUCAAGAAACUAAACACUCUUGGAGUUGGUUCUUAAGCUAUCUCAUUGAAGACUUGCAACUUGGUGAUGGAAAUGACAUAACAAUCAUGUCUGACAUGCAAAAGGGUCUUGAGGUGGCAGUGGAAGUCUUACUUCCUAAUGCUGAAAGAAGAAUGUGUGCAAGACAUAUUUGGGCAAACUGGCAAAAAAGAUGGAGAGGUGAGGAAAGGAGAAAAGCAUUUUGGAGGUGCUCCAAAGCUAGUUUUGAGGUUAAGUUAAGAGAUGAAUUUGAUUAUAUGGGGAAAUUGGGUCAUAAAAUAUGUGAGGCAUUGCUUGGAUAUAACAAAGAAUAUUGGUGUAGAGCUUUAUUUAGUGAAAGAUCAAAGUGUGAUGUGGUGGAAAAUAAUAUGUGUGAAACAUUUAACUCAUGGAUUGUUGGUCCUAGACACAAAUCUGUGAUUAGUAUGCUUGAAGAUAUUAGGCAUAAAAUGAUGGAUAGGCAUGGAGAUAUGAUUAAGUUUGCAGAUACUUGGAUCAGUGACAUUUCACCUAUGACAAGACUGAUUUUAGAAGAAAAUAAAGAGAUUGGCAGGGCACUAAGGGUGAAUUGGAAUCAUGACAUUGGAUUUGAAAUCCAAGAAGCGGAGUAUAGACACAUAAUUGACAUGACUAAAAAGACAUGUAGUUGUAGGUUGUGGCAAUUGAGGGGCAUACCUUGCCAACAUGCAGUUUGUGCCUUAUAUCAUAGUGGGCAAGAACCAGAAGAUUAUGUGGAACAUUGGUACAAAAAAGAUACAUUUCUAAGUGCAUAUAAGUACUUUUUACAACUCAUUUCCAAUAUGGUAAUGUGGCCUGACACCAAUAACCCACCAGUUGAGCCUCCUGAAGUGAAGCCAAUGCCUGGAAGACCAGGUAGAUGUAGAAGAAAAGAUAAAGAUGAACCAAGAAAAAAGAAGUUGGGAAAAACAUCAAAGGAUGGAGUGAAGAUGUCAUGUUCCAAAUGCCAUCAAGUUGGGGAUAACAAAAGAACUUGUAUAUCAGUGCCUUCUGAACAACCCACACAACAGCCUGCAAGGCCCUUUCAACAACUACCAGUGAGGCAGCCUUCACAACCACCAGUGAGGCAGCCUAGCACUGGAAAGGCCUCUUCUUUAUGUGCAGAUACUUCAAAGGUUAAAGGAAGGAAAAAGAAGCAGUCAACUGCAAGGGCAUCAUCUUCUUCAGUUGCAUGGACACCAUCUUCUUCAGUUGGAAUGCCACCACCUUCUUCAGUUGGAAGGCCACCAACUUCUUUAGUUGGAAUGCAACCAACUACUUCAGUUGGAAGGAAAAGAACAAGAGAUGUGGGAUUUGGUGUUUACACAGACAUACAAUCAUGA